AUGGACGAUCAUCAUCACACGGCGACCGGUGGCGGCGGUAGCGGCUCGGCAUCGACGGCUACCAUGAACAACUCAACGACUAGUAGUGGUGUUGCGGAUGGUGGAAAUGUAGGAGGAGGUGGCAAUACAGCAGGUGAUCCGAACAAGCACGACGAAGCCCGGGUGAACAACGCCGACUCCGACGACGGAUCACAGGCGCAGGAUCCUGGAAAAAUGUUCAUCGGCGGUUUGAGCUGGCAAACAACGGCUGAGGGACUUCGUGACUACUUUGGACGGUUUGGAGAGGUUAACGAGUGUAUGGUUAUGCGGGAUCCAGCGACUAAACGGGCUAGAGGCUUCGGGUUUAUCACAUUUGUCGAUCCAGCUAGUGUAGAUAGGGUUUUGGCUACUGAGGAACAUGAAUUAGAUGGCAAGAAGGUAUUUAUCGAUUAUUUCCCAAAACUGUUUCUUUUUUUUUUGCAUAAAGGUGGUGCGUUCAUUGACCCGAAGGUUGCUUUUCCAAAAAGAUCGCAAACAAAGGUAAAUUCGUUGGUUUGUGUUCAAGUUCUUUUACUGUUUUUGCAAAUGGUUUACUUCUGUGAUCAUCUAGGGUAA